CUGUAGGUGACAGUUAGGUUCUCCGAGGUGGACAGAGCGGUCAGCUAGAUUUGAUUCUUGGGACCAAAUUAGUUUCUCAUCCGAGCAGAGGGAGAUGACUGCAACACAAAUCUUCCUUGCAGCAAUCUGCCUGUGUGCAGUUGCUAUGCAGGCCACAGAUGCCGCGAGCUGCAGUUACAGGUACUCACGGAGAACAAGCUAUACAACCGAUUGUGGCUGGAAUGGCUGGCAACGAUGCUCAAGAUACCGAAUACAGUAUUACACAUCUACAUGUAAUCACGGCGGAUGGUCAGCUUACUCAAGCUGGACUAAUACCUGGGGUUGUUCUCGCACCUGUGGGGGAGGGGUCCAAAAUCAACGAAGAACACGCACCUGCACCAACCCCGUUCCAACCCCUAUACAUGGCAACAACUGUACUGGCUCGGCAACCCAGACACGAACUAUACCGUGCAACACGAAGGCUUGUCCAGUAAAUGGCGGCUGGAGCUCCUGGUCCAGUUGGUCGAACCAGGGAUCAUGUUCCAGCACAUGCGGCACUGACGGGACAGUAGCACAGAGGAGUACUCGCACCUGCACGAACCCAAGUCCUGCCAACGGAGGAACCGAGUGCAGUGGAGCGACAUACCAGCUCCGCUCUACGUCCUGUAACAGAACACCUUGUCCUAUUGACGGUGGGUGGACGGUUUGGUCCAACUGGGUUGACGAAGGCAUGUGCAGUGCAACAUGUGGGGGAGGUAUGCAGCGCCAAACUCAGGAGCGAAUGUGCACCAACCCCGCCCCGGAACACGGAGGAGCGGAGUGCAGCGGUGACAGCACACGUGCACAGAGCGUCGCUUGCAACACCCACAACUGCCCAGUUGACGGUGGGUGGACGGUUUGGUCCAACUGGGUUGACGAAGGCAUGUGUAGUGCAACAUGUGGGGGAGGAAUGCAGCGCCAAACUCAGGAGCGAAUGUGCACCAACCCCGCCCCGGAACACGGAGGAGCGGAGUGCAGCGGUGACAGCACACGUGCACAGAGCGUCGCUUGCAACACCCACAACUGCCCAGUUGACGGUGGGUGGACGGUUUGGUCCAACUGGGUUGACGAAGGCAUGUGUAGUGCAACAUGUGGGGGAGGAAUGCAGCGCCAAACUCAGGAGCGAACGUGCAACAACCCCGCCCCGGAACACGGAGGAGCGGAGUGCAGCGGUGACAGCACACGUGCACAGAGCGUCGCUUGCAACACCCACAACUGCCCAGUUGACGGAGGGUGGACACCAUGGUCAAGCUGGACAGAUGCCGGAGACUGUACAGUCUUGUGUGGCGGAGGAACCAAGGUCCAGACCCACGACCGAACCUGCACCAACCCUGCCCCCCAAUACGAUGGAGCUGACUGCGACGGCGAACCGGAAGAAGAACAGACUGUUGACUGCAACACCCACGCGUGUCCAAUCCACGGUGGAUGGUCUGACUGGACGGAGUUUGCCGACGAGGGAGAGUGUUCUGUACCUUGCGGGGGUGGUGACUUGCAGCAGAAGCGGAACAGGGACUGUAACACCCCCACUCCGGAACAUGGGGGUCGGCAGUGUGAGGGGAACAGCACCCAGACCAGCGUGGUUCCCUGCAAUACACACGAGUGCCCAGUUCAUGGCGGCUGGUCUGAGUAUUCUGACUGGACUCACGACGAUGAGUGCCCUGUGACUUGUGGCGGAAGUCCGAUCAUGGAGUCAAGGUCAAGGUCAUGUGAUGCCCCGGCUCCUGCUCACGGGGGUGAAGACUGCGAGGGUUCCGCGACUGAAAGCAGGCCAGGCGUAUGCAACAACAACCCAUGCCCAGUGAAUGGAGGAUGGAGUGAAUGGUCGGACUGGUCCCAAGACGGCCAAUGCUCAGCUUCGUGCGGCGGUGGCAACAUCAUCGAGAGUCAACAUCGACGAUGUGACACCCCUGCACCUGCUCAUGGCGGGGAGGAAUGUGACGGCGAUGAUGUGAACACAAGAGAGGCCGAGUGCAACACCCAAAAGUGCCCAGUGGAUGGUGGGUGGUCCGACUGGUCCGACUGGAGAGUUGACGGCAAAUACACUGUGACUGGACACAUCGGCACAGCAAGGAUGACCCACGAUCGAACCUGCACUAACCCUGUCCCGCAAUUCGACGGCAGCGAGUGCGAGGGCCCAAGCAAGGAAUACACCCAGGCCUCCUGCCAGGUUACACAGUGUCAGGGCAUCUGUGACGAUCGUUCUGUGACUUACGCCUACAAGGGAGAAUACACAGCCUUCUACCGCUGUAAUAACGACGGACAGAUGGCCAAGGCACAGUGUCCGAGCCGGGAAUACUACAAGACUGAUGAGAGCCGCUGUGUCAAGAUCUGUGCCCCAACCGGGGUCAGGAGUAUGCCCCACCCUGGACGCAAAUGCAACAAAUAUAUUUUCUGUGUGUUUGGUAGCCCCUGGGAGAUGCCAUGCUUUAGUCAGGACGCUAACUGCCCCAGCGACUGUGUUGAGUAAAGAUGGCCAUUUUCAGGAAAAAAGCUCAUAAUGUCCUGGUAUUAAAUACAAUCCUAAAUACUGGAAUUGCAUCAUUAUUUGAUUUACUGGAUUUGUUGUCAUAUUUUUUCAAUCGAACAAUAUUUGCAAAUGCUAUAAUUUGAAAACAUAACUUGCUGUCUCUUUGAGAAUAACACCCGCUGAUCACCAGUGAUCAUUGUCAAAGUACAAGGUAUAGAAAUUGAAUCGACCAAAUAGGGUUCAUUACUAAUAUGUACAUUGGUCUGGCGUUUGGUCUUGAUGUUGUGGUCGUAAAGUAUGGAGGCAUGGGGAUAAUGUCAGUCCGAAUAUACAGUAAUAGGCGAUUCAAAUAAGUCCGGAUAAGCAGGGUUCCACUGUAUGGAUGAUAAGUUUGUCUUUUCUUUUCUAGAAUGAUUAAUAAAUUUCCUUCACUAUCUGAAGCCGUA